AUGCCCUACUACGCAGUCUACAGUGGUCGAAGAAGGGGAAUUUUUUUCAACUGGCAGGACGCCGAGAAUCAGGUGACGGGCUACUCGUACCCCGGACGUGACCGAUGUGCACGGCUGGAGGGUGCCGUUCAGCUAAUGAAGCAGAAUGGUGCCGGCAAUAUGGCCCGUCUGGUUGACUACGAUGAGAUCGGCUAUGAGCGAGAUCUGGUGUAUAUCACGGCGUGCCAGGGGGCAGAACCUGGUCUUCUGGGCUCUGCGGUAUUUUUGGGCUCCGGAAACCGCUGCAACCACGCCACCUUGUCUCCUUCAAAGACUCUCAGUAGGGCCAGACUAGAGGCCAUCUUGCACUUCUACAAAGAAGUCAUUUCCAAGAGCUCCAAGUCCGAUCCUGCCACCGCUGCAUCGUACAAAUAUGACCAUUGGCCGUCGUGGGAAAUCCGCACCGACUCUCGAAGCAUAAUCGAACAGGUGUCUGAAAGUGUGCGACGAUGGACCUUUGAUGCAUGGAGAGAGGGCGAGAUGGAAAAUGGCGACUUGUUGCACGAAAUUGCAGAGGAACAUGGCAAGUUGCGAAAUCCGGACUUUGUGAUUUUCAGACAUGUGGAAAAUUCCACCGACGGAGGUUCUCAUGAGUGUGCACAGCUGGCUUAUGGAGCCACCAGAGAGUGUCCGUUGUGCCAUAGACCUUUUGCUGUCGCUGAUAUGAAGAUUCUUCGUGGAGAAAGGUCAUAA